AAUACAGUGUAGUACUGAAUACAGUAUAUAGCGUCGAGUGGUGAAAUCGAUCGCACCGUUAUCAGUAAACAUGUCGGCUUCGAUUAUGUAAACAUUAUUACACGUAAAAUAACUUUUUCUGACAAUAAAGCUUGUGCAAAAAUGAAAGUUUUUAAGUGAUCGUUUAAAAAAGUAAUACUCUAAGUGAGUACCUAGUAGGACAUAGGUUUAUUGGGUUAAUUGACAAUUUUGGCACACACGGAUAUGCGUAAGAAAUGCUUAUACUUUUUGUUUUGCAUUACAUUUUUAUUGACAUUUGUCAUUGUGACAACUUUAGAGAAAUAUAUAUUGAGGAUGAACGAGAUGAUAUAAUUAACACAAAGGUAAUACCUAAGGUUAAACAGUGGGCGCCAAAAAUAUGGUUUGACCCCCAAGAAAAGUUCUUCCCAUUAAACGUUGAUAGUUUUUUGAAAGAAAUCACUCCUGAGGAGAAAAACGGACAAAAAUAUUCUGAUGAUAGCUACUCAAAACUUCCUACUGGUCCGAAUUCCAAGAACUAUUACUUAAUUACAAAACAAAACAGAGAUACACUACUGAAGGAUAACAAAUCAUAUCUACAUGGUGUGAACCCAACUACAGAAGAAGUUUCAAUAUACGCUCACGUACAUACAUGUGAUACUAAUUAUGAUAAUUUCAUCAUAACUUACUGGUUCUUUUAUCCAUUUAAUGAAGGGAAGGAAAUUUGUACAGUAGGAAAUCAAACACCCAUACCUGUACCCCAAAUUUUCAAUCGAUGUUUGGGCAAACUGAGAUUUUACGGAACUCACGUUGGAGAUUGGGAACGAGUGUCGUUGAUAAUAAAGAAUGGAAGACCAACUCUGCUAUUUCUGUCUGUUCACGAAUCUGGAGUGUAUUACAUCUACGAUGAAACCAGAGAGAGUUUCAAGCUCUUCGAGGCCAUGUCCGAGGGCCUAGGCCAGCCCUCAUCUCCCCCAGAGACAGUGCAGCUGGAUGAUCAUGGACAUCCUAUCUUGUUCUCGGCCAAAGGAUCUCACGCUCUAUGGGCUGGAGUAGGACAACAUCAAUACACCAAGUUGAGGCUGAGAGAGUUGUCGGAUACUGUAGACUAUGGUACUGCAUGGGAAACUUGGCACUCGGUGCAGGUGUUCUACUCUGAUGAGACGACCCCUGAGUGGUUCAACUACCAAGGUCGCUGGGGCAAUCCUGGCUCUAACUGUCUAGGUCUAGGGAACUUCCUUUGUGAAGCAUCCGACGGCCCUCCAGGACUGGUCACCCGGCAGCCUGACUUCAGUUGCCCACCAAAGUCAUAGAUUUAAAUUAAAAAUGGACAGAAAAUAAAUUUUUAUGGGCAGUAUUUUUCCUCAAUAAUCUGUCAUUUAUAUAAUAAUCCUCUUAGCAAUAAACACAGAAAUUAGAAGUUUUAGCAACAAAACGAAUAACUUGCAGAAAACCCCCCGAUUGCAUUGCCUAACCAUGGUGAUGACUAGAUGAGCAUAAAGUUUUCAUU